CCAUUUCUUCCUCGGGAUUGUAGAUAAUGUUAAUACGAACACCACGCGUUUUGAUGAUUAUCAGUUUAUGAACCCUCUACCAACAACAGUUUUUCUUCUGCUCUGAAUAUUUUCUCUGUUUUCAGAAUUGAGUGGUCAUAUUCAUGGAGAAAAUCCAACACAAGCAUGUUGAUGUAGGAAAACUGAAAUUGCAUGUUGCAGAGAUUGGAUCAGGUCCAGCUGUGCUGUUACUGCAUGGCUUUCCUGAAAUCUGGUAUUCAUGGCGUCAUCAGAUGAUUGCCUUAGCAGAUGCAGGGUUUCAUGCAAUUGCCCCUGACUUCAGGGGUUAUGGACUCUCUGAUCAGCCUUCCCAAAUAGAGAAAGGCAACUCUGUAGAUCUUGUGGAGGACAUGGCCGGCCUUCUUGAUGCGUUUGGCAUUCAGAAAGUAUUUGUUGUGGCCAAGGAUUUUGGAGCACCGAUUGCAUAUUAUCUGUAUCUCCUCUACCCUGAGCGAGUUGGAGGCAUUAUAACAUUGGGUAUACCUUAUUUGAUACCAGGUCAAGAAACUAUUAAAUUGGAUUUGUUUCCAGAAGGGUUUUAUAUUAGACAUUGGAAGGAGCCCGGAAGAGCCUUGGCAGACUUUGGGCGUUUUGAUACAGAAACAGUGGUAAGGAAUAUAUAUACCCUGUUCUCUGGAAGUGAGCUGCCAGUGGCAGAAGAGGGUAAAGAGAUCAUGGACCUCUAUGAUCCUGCAACUCCACUCCCAUCUUGGUUUACUGAGGAUGACUUAAAAACAUACUCAAGCCUGUAUGAGAAAUCAGGUUUUGCUUUCCCUAUGCAAGUUCCCUACAUUAGUAUGAUGAGCAAUUGGGGUAAACUGGCGGAGUUAACAGAUCAUACUGUUAAAGUUCCAGCACUUCUGAUCAUGGGUAUCAAAGAUUAUGUAAUCAAAUUUCCAGGAAUGGCGUAUUAUAUAAACAGUGAUAUCCUGAAAUCGCAAGUGCCCAAUCUGGAGAUCAAGUACUUUCCAGAAGGGAGCCAUUUUGUUCAAGAGCAAUUCCCUGAGGAGGUGAAUAAGCUUCUUCUUGACUUCCUCAAACAGCAGCUGUAAUGCCAAAGGUACUCCAAGAUUGGGCAUAAUAGCAUCAAUGGUCAUAGCCAUAGAAAUACAGAAAGAUAGGCAAAGUAUUUGUUUGUCUUGUGAAAGGGGAUUGCAUAAAAUAAUUAUUAUCUUUGAUUCUGAGCUGGGUAAUUUUUUGUUCCAUGGAUGCUGAAGCAUAGAAUGCAUUGAUAGUCAAUUACAUUACCUGUCAAGUUUCAAAGAAACUGAACAAUACAAGUCUAAUUGUAUGGAAUAUAUUUGUAUUAUGCAUUAAUAUUGAAUGUCAAAUGAUCAACUUCAAAAUUAAAAAUUUCAAGUUUUUGUUUUUA